AUGCAGAGAUAUCGCGCGAUUGUCGACUCUGGAGUGCUGAAGUUUGAUCCGCAUCAGCAACGGAUUAUUGGCAAGCUGCAGAAGCUACACGAUGAGCUCGAAACGUAUCACCCACCAUCAAUUAACCCGGACACUUAUCGACCCUCUUUAUUUUCUCGCCUGUUCUCUCGACAAAACUCGAUAGAGGGCACUGUACCGCUCGAGCAAGUCCCGAAGGGGCUUUACCUCUUUGGUGAUGUCGGAACAGGCAAGACGAUGCUUAUGGACCUCUUCUACGACACCCUCCCUCCGCAAAUCAAGCGCAAGCGGCGCGUGCACUUCCACGCCUUCAUGAUCGACGUGCAUAAGCGCAUGCAUGCGAUGAAGGCAAAGUUGGGGCUGCGCGGCGGUGAUCCGAUCCCGCCCGUCGCGCGCGACCUGGCUCACGAGGCGUACGUCUUGUGCUUUGAUGAAUUUCAGGUCACGGAUAUAGCGGAUGCGAUGAUUCUGCGACAGCUGUUCGAGCGUCUCCUGAGCCACGGUGUCGUCUGCGUGAUCACGUCAAAUCGACAUCCAGAUGAUCUAUACAAGAACGGCAUUCAGCGAUCGAGUUUUCUUCCGUGCAUCGAGCUACUAAAGACGCACUUUGACGUCACCGACCUCGACUCUGGCACUGACUAUCGCCGUUUACCUCAUGCGGUCUCCCAUGUCUAUUACGACCCACUCACCCCGGAGAACAGAGCGGAAGUCGAGAAGAUCUUCUCCGCGGUCACGUCCGACCCCGCAGAUCCCGUCGUGCAUAACCGUAAGCUGCACACAUGGGGGCGCACGAUCCUUGUCCCCGAAAGCUCGAGCACUGUCGCGAAGUUCGAGUUUGACGAUCUGUGUGGGAAUCCGCUGAGUGCGGCGGACUACUUAGAGAUCACGAAGAAUUUUAAGACGAUUUUCGUGCUGGAUGUGCCGAAGAUGGGGCUGAGCCAGAAGGACAAGGCACGGAGGUUUAUCACAUUCAUUGACGCAUGCUAUGAGAGCAAGACGAAGCUGUUCAUGACCUCUGAGGUGCCAGUUGCGCAGAUAUUCGCAGAAGAUAACAACAAGGGUGAAGCUGGUGUCUCGGACCAGAUGCGGCAGAUGAUGGACGAUCUUGGCCUCCCGAGUGAUGUCGUCAUUUCGAGCUCUGUGUGCAGUGGAGAGGAAGAGCUGUUUGCGUUUGCGCGGUGUUGCUCGCGUCUGGUGCAGAUGGGCAGCAAGAAGUGGAUGGAGAACGCUGGUGUCUCAUAG